AUGACGGAGUGGACCCUACUCAAACGUCUCCUGGAUGCUGUCCACCAGCACUCCACCAUGAUUGGUCGCCUGUGGCUCACCGUCAUGGUCAUCUUCCGGCUGCUCAUUGUGGCUGUGGCAACCGAGGACGUGUACACCGACGAGCAAGAGAUGUUCGUGUGUAACACCCUGCAGCCAGGAUGCUCCACUGUCUGCUACGACGCGUUUGCGCCCAUUUCACAACCUCGCUUCUGGGUCUUCCACAUUAUCAGCGUCUCCACGCCAUCACUCUGCUUCAUCAUCUAUACAUGGCACAACCUGUCCAAGCUGCCCCACAACACCACCCAGAGAUUGUGGCAAGGACCGGGGGAUAUCCCAGGGCAGGGAGGCCCAAAUGUAGGGCAUGACAGUGGACGGGAGGCAUAUGAUCAGAGCUGUGACUCAGACAGCUGCUCCAUCCGCUCCCAUAAGCAUUUAGGUCACAGCCUGGCGGAUGUGCUGGAGGGCAUCACCGCCCAGAGCCUCCAGGGAGGAGACCCCAAGAAUGUAGUGUCCUUGAGCCAGGCCCGAGCCUACCCCUUCAAGGAGGGGAGUGCAGAGGGUCAGGUGGUCUCUGGAGGGGUUCUGUCCAAAUGUUACGUCUUCCAUGUGUGUUUACGUGCUGUUCUGGAGGUAGGUUUUGUCCUGGCCCAGUGGAAGCUGUUUGGCUUCCAGGUGCCUGUCCAUUUCCUUUGUACCUCGGCCCCCUGCAGCCAGCCGGUGGACUGCUAUGUCUCCAGGCCCACAGAGAAGACCAUCUUCUUGUGUUUCAUGUUUUGUGUGGGGGUUUUCUGUAUCCUUCUCAACCUGCUGGAGCUCAACCACCUGGGCUGGAAGAAGAUCCGACAGGCGGUGAGGCUGAGGGAGCGAGCGUCCUGGGGAGGUUGCCCAGGUAUAAGGGGGGGCUAUGAAAACUUCCCUCAAGACAGCCCCUCUCUCAUAUCCUCUUUAGGCUUCAGGGAUGUGACUAGCAGCACCUCUCUCCCCACUUUGGACCUGAUGGUGGGUAAUCAGCCAGAUUGGACUUGUGCUGUACACUGUGGCAGUACCAGGGAGCCUGAGGAGGUCAGAGAGACUAUAUCGGAGCAACCAAAGACACAGGACUCCCAUAAAGGAGAGUGGCAGCCUCUGAAAAAUAAAAGAGAGAUCAGAGGGUCCAAGCAGAGGAGUACUCAGAUCUGGAUAUAG